CUUUAAUCGUUAUUUGAAGGGACAGAGAAGGGGAAAUUUCAAGAUUUUGAAAUUGCUUCCUGUGUUUACGAGCCAGCGAAGCGAACGACUUCAAAACCGAUCAAUAAGCUCCAUGUAGUUGUUCAAUACACCAACCUGUUUUCCACGUUUUUCUUAAGAGAAAACCMGACCAUUAAACACAUCAAUUUUUCAUUCACUCUUGCCUUUUCAUUCGUUUUCCAUUGAUAGCAACAAUAAUAGUAUUGUUUGAAAAGAUCUUUAGAUAGGGAACUUGAAAAUAUUUAACCGUAAACAGAAGUCCAACUCUCUCCAAACAGAAGGCAGACCGAAACAAGAAUGAAUUGGACUGCUUGCUUUGCAGUAUUGUUUGCCUUGCUUGCUAUUUCAAGUUGUAAAGAUUACAGAAGGCACAGAGUAGCAGUAGAUUUUGAAGAAGAAGAUGAUGAGGGUAAAGAGAUAAGUGCGAAGGCUCUCGACUGGAAAAAAGUUGUUAUUGCCCCAGAAGACUGCAACGACAAAUGGGACCAAUGCUCUGAUUUUUCCAGCAAAAACAACUGUCUUGAAAAAUUUGACAUAGCAGUCAGAAGGUGUCCAUGGAGCUGCAGGCUCUGCAAGAAACCAGAUCUUGAUCCAAAGGUAUGCAAAGAUUUAACAGACAAUUGCAAGACAUGGGUCGAAAAUGGCGACUGUAUACCUUAUCCCGAUUAUAUGACACAGAACUGCAAGAAAGCGUGCGAAAUGUGUGGACCAGAAACGACCAAAUUCGACACCGAUCCUCGAUGUACUGAGUGGAGCAAAGGCGGAUACUGCAGCACAACAGCAAAAAUAUCAGAGACGUGCCAGUACAGCUGUAAGAAAUACCACAACGUCAAAGCAGCAAAGUCGGAAUUUCCUUCACCAAUACAAGCGCUAUAUCCACUUCAAAUGAAACCAAAUACAGGUUUGGACAAGGAGAGUGAGGACUCUAAUAAUGAAGAACUUUCUGACAAGAAUUCAGUUGAAUGGAAUAAAAUAAGCAUUACCCCAGAGAACUGUGCAAAUAAAGCCAAAGACUGUGCUUAUAUCGCUAAGAAAGAGCAGUGUCUAAAACGUUUAGAUUACGCCAUCCAGUCUUGUCCUUGGAGCUGUCGAUUCUGCAAAAGAGGCCAAGAGUAUGACCCCGCAAAAUGUGAAGACCUGGCUGGAGAUAAGAAGUGUAAGGAGUGGAAGGAGAACGGAGACUGCAUACGUUUACCUGAUUAUAUGCAGCAAAACUGCAUGCAAUCCUGUGAAUUAUGCGGACCAGAAAGUAACCAAUUUGAUGGAGAUGUGCGAUGUCCAUUCUGGGGAAAGUAUGGUUACUGCAAGAUCAAUGCUCAAAUCAGUAACGAAUGUCCUUAUAGUUGCACCAAAUACAUCAACGUACCAGCUGCCAUUCAACCAUAUCCUUAUCCAAUCAUUGCACUACAUCCUUACCAACCAACACCAACUCCAAGUCCACCAACGACAAAACCUGGACAAACAACUGCGAAACCUGGACAAACAACUGCGAAUCCUGGACAAACAACUGCGAAUCCUGGACAAACAACUGCGAAUCCUGGACAAACAACUGCGAAACCAGGCGAGACAACCCAAAAACCGGAGGGAGAAAAGACCACAGAAACACCAGCAAAGACAACUCCAAGACCUGAAAUACAACCAACACAACCUCCACAACCCCAGCAACCGGAACCACAGCAGCAACCACAACCACAACCACAACCACAACCACAAGAGCAACCACAACCAAAUGGUGACCGAGCUAAAUCAAAGAAUGGCAAGAAGCAUGGAAGAUUAGUUGACGAUUACACCAGGCGUCAUUUCAAAUACUGGAAGUUAAUUACUAUUGACCCCGAAGACUGCGAAGAUAUAAGCGAAGACUGCGAAAACUUUGCUGACGAAGGAUAUUGCUUAGAAAAAUUCCAUUACGCCAAGAAAACCUGCCCGUGGAGCUGCCGAUUCUGUAAACGAACUAAAGAACACGGGACCGAUAGGUGCAGAGAUUUGGCAGGGGCUGAAAGUUGCAGGCAGUGGGCAUCCAAAGGUGACUGCAUUCAUUUACCCGAUUACAUGAUGCAGAACUGUAAAAGAUCAUGCGAACUAUGUGGACCAGAAACUGGAUUCAGAUACCAAGAUGAAGACGUACGCUGUCCUUUUUGGGGCAAGGCAGGUUACUGUACUACAGACACCGACAUCAACCUGAACUGUCCACACAGCUGUCGCAAGUAUCGAAGGGUAGAACCAGCACCUGAACCAUAUCCAUACCCGAUCCAAGCACUUCAUCCUUACCAACCGACCCCCAUCCCUCCUACUCCUGCUCCUACUGGGUCACUCUCCACUGUUGUAUACCCCGCACCGUACCCGGUACCUGGACCCCCUGGACCUCCUGGAGCUCCUGCAACACCACCUCCUACCGCAGCGACGUCUCCGGCACCGGCACCGGCACCACCACCACCACCCACCACCGCCACCACCCCAGUACCAUCCACAUCCACAUCCCCAGCACCACAGCCCUCUCCAGCACCACAACCCUCUCCAUCGCCACAACCCUCUCCAUCGCCACAACCCUCUCCAUCGCCAGAACCCGCUCCAUCGCCACAACCCUCUCCAUCGCCAGAACCCGCUCCAUCGCCAGAACCCGCUCCAUCGCCAGAACCCGCUCCAUCGCCAGAACCCUCUCCAUCGCCAGAACCCGCUCCAUCGCCAGAACCCUCUCCAUCACCAGAACCCUCUCCAUCGCCAGAACCCUCUCCAUCGCCAGAACCCUCGCCUUCCCCAACUCCAACCCCAUCUCCUUCACCGGAACCCUCGCCAUCCCCAUCCCCAGAACCCUCCCCAUCCCCCGAACCAUCGGAACAGCCCGAGGAAUCUACACCAACCUCAUCCCCGCCAUCAGAAGAGGAAGAAACACCAGAACCAUCCGAAAAUUCACCAACUGAAGCUCCAAGCCAAGCAGGUGGUCCAGAGGCACCUGAAAUUGAAUCUUCAACGUUAACCGACGCUUCCGGCGAAAACGAAGAAUUAGAAAAAUUUGAAGGAGGAAGCGGAAGCGGAAGUGACAAGAGACCUACAGCCCGAGAAAAUGAAGAAGAACUUGUGGAUGGUUCAGCUGACAUCGAUGAGAAAAUAUUUAAAGAAAAAUCACUUGGUAAAAAAGAGAAAAAAAACAGAAUCGAGUACACUCCUUCAAUUAAACCAAACAGAUCGAGCCAUUCAACAUCACCACCAACACUUAGCUCAUGCAAAAUCAAGGUUGACAAAAUGACAUCAAAUUGGUUAUCUCACCAGGUACGGCAGACCUCCUGCCUUUCUUACAUCUCAUUUGCUACUUUCGUUUGGAAUUCAGGGCUUAUAUUUUUGCUAGAAAAUAAGUUCAAGAUGUGGAAACAGCUUCUCAUAAUACUGAUCGUUAUAUACCUUAUCGAAGCCAAGCAUCUUAAAAAGGUGAGAAAGGCGCACAAGACUAAAAAGCCUUCUGAUAUUGGGAGCAGUGGGGAGGGACCUGGACCUGAACCAGCCCCAGCCCCGGCAUAUUCAAGCGGAGAUGUGGACUGGGAAAAGAUUGACAUCGACGAAGAUGAAUGCGAGGACAAAGGAAAAGACUGCGAGACAGUCGCAAACGAAGGAGAAUGCCUCAAACGGUUUGAAUACGUCCUGAAACACUGUCCCUGGAGCUGUCGAUUCUGUAAGAAGAAAGGACGAGACACUAAGAAAUGUAAAGAUCUGGCGGGCUCAAGACAUUGUGAGGGAUGGAAAACUAAUGGAGAUUGUCUUCUUCUUCCUGAUUUUAUGGCACAGAACUGCAAGAUGACAUGCGAGCUGUGUGGGCCAGAAACAUCUAUGAAGUACAUAGAUGAGGACGUUCGCUGCCCAGAGUGGUCUCAGAAUGGUUAUUGUCAUACAAAUACGGACAUUAAUCUACAUUGUCCACAUAGCUGUCGUAAAUAUCAGCACGUGCCAGCAGCAGCCAUACCUUAUCCAUACAGGUUUAUCGCUCUUCAUCCUUAUCAAUAUAAUGUUAUUAGAACGACACCGCCACCAAAAACGACCGCUCAGGCAGUUGAGACGACAACACCGAAGCCAACAGAAACGACCACCGCUGCACCUCAAACUGAAGCUACCACAAAAGCACCAGAAACGACAACAAGCCAAACGACACCAAAACCUACAACAAAACCAGCUCCAACACCUGCACCCGAGCCAGCACCCGAACCGGCGCCGCAACCAGCACCCGAACCGGCGCCGCAACCAGCACCCGAACCAGCACCCGAACCGGCGCCGCAACCAGCACCCGAACCGGCGCCGCAACCAGCACCCGUACCAGCACCCGAGCCCGCGCCUGCGCCGGCACCAGCCCCCGAACCCGCUCCAGCACCAGCAUCCGAACCUGCAUCCGAACCAGCGCCUGAACCAGCAUCCGAAUCAGCAUCCGAACCAGCACCCGAACCAGCACCCGAAUCUACGGAAGCCCCAGCAGCAGCAGCACUCCCAUCCAAUCAAGCUAAACCUGCUGAUCAGUCAUCGAAGAAGCGUGGGAAGCACUCAAAAAGAUCGAAACAUGGAAAAAAACACUAGGAGUUAUGUCAAUAUUAUGGGACGUGGAGGAAAGUAGCGAAAGAAAUGGGAAAUACGAACGUUUAUCAGCGAAUGCCUUAAUAUGUAACUCAAAGUCACAAAAUUAAAGAUUUAAAAUCGUU